GGGAUACAUUUGCUCAAUGUGUAAAGUUGGUUUCAUGGGAGAAAGAUGUGAACAAGAUAUAAACGAGUGCAUCAGUGACACCCACGGUUGUCACUAUAAUGCAAGCUGCAACAACACAUUUGGUUCAUACACAUGCCAAUGCAAGCCAGGAUUUAGUUGCACAUUUCAAGCCGUUUUUACAAAUCUCAAUGCCACUGGAAGAUAUGGUCCAACGAUGUUGGGUAGCCACUACACAGGUCAGGAUCAUGACGGACAAGUUACACUGUCCAGCGGUAUUCAACAAUGGAAUGUGCCGUACACUGGUGACUACAGAAUAGAAGCGAUCGGAGCAGCAGGAGGGUACGAUCCAUUUCAAAGCAGUGCUCAGUACCGAGGAAGAGGAGCAAUUAUGAUCGGAACAUUUCGCCUAAACAAGGGUGAAGUCAUACAAAUAAUUGUUGGUCAAGAAGGAGGAAUAAACAAGCUGAGGUGGUCUUCUGGAGGUGGUGGAGGUACAUUUGUAGUGAGAGGAGCCAAUACACCUUUGAUGGUAGCUGGAGGCGGGGGAGGCGUACAAAGUGUCAAUUCAAGACAUGGAGGAUGUGACGCCAGCACACAAACAGCAGGGAAUCCUGGAUACAAAUCAUGGUCAGGGGGAAGCAAUGGACAUGGUGCACGGACUGCUGAUAAUAGCUCUCAUUCAGGUGGAGGUGGUGGCGGCUUUUGUUCAAGUGGAAGAAGUGGAGCGUAUUUUCAUGGAACCGUUGGAGAGGGUGGAGAGGGUGGUAAGGGAUUUCUUCAGGGAGGGGUGGGUGGGAGAACCCGUUUCAACGAUACCACCGGUGGGUUUGGGGGAGGAGGCGGGGCUUGGGGAUGGGGAGGGGGCGGAGGAGGAGGAGGAGGGUACUCUGGGGGAGGUAGUGGUAAACACCUGAUUGAUUCCUGUGGCGGUGGAGGUGGAUCAUUCAAUGCUGGAAACAACCAACAGAAUGAUUGUUGUUACAACUCUGCAGGUCAUGGUCAGGUGACGAUAACGUUACAGUAGAGUAAACUAACCAUAAGCUACCAAACUGAAAAAAAAUCAGUAGACUGAGAGUGUGAAUCAGGGCGUUGGACGUUAUAUU